AGUUACCGCGGCGGUAAACAGAACCGUUAGUUUUCCAGCUCCCUUGUGUGUCGACGAAUUGGCGCCGUCUGGCCUCAACCAACCAACCACCGCCUACCGGGAGGACUAACUCCAUGCUGCUGAUGAAGGGAACCAGAGGAGACAGAGAGGAUUCAUCCUAGCUCGGUUCGGUCCAGAACGGAACGACGGCUCGAGCUCCUGUUCUGUUGUUAGCCUCAUCACAACCUGCUCGUGCUGCUAGCAGAGCUCUCUCUCCAUUGUGUGAGCAGCGACCCACCUGCUACACAGCUACACCCUCCACCUCCACCCAGCAGAGAGCAGCUACAGCUACUCCUCCAUCCCCUCCACCACGAUGUGUUCCCGGGUCUGGUUCGUGACGGACCGGCGGAUCAGCCAGGAGUACCCUCAGGUUCAGAUCCUCCGGGCUCUGAAGGAGCGCUGCGGGGACGAGGACGUGGAGUUCCGGUCCCUCCUCAUGGACCAGAUCGUGCUAACCAUCAGCGAGGGGCAACUAGGUCUGCGAGUGGAGCAGGAAUUGGUGACGUCGUAUCCACAGGUGGUGGUGGUACGGGUGCCCACGCCCUGGGUGCAGUCAGACAGUGACAUCACCGUUCUACGCCACCUGGAGAAGAUGGGCUGCCGGCUGAUCAACCGUCCUCAGGCCAUACUCAACUGCGUCAACAAGUUCUGGACCUUUCAGGAGCUGGCGGGUCACGGGGUGCCUCUCCCUGACACCUUCUCCUACGGAGGGCACGACAACUUCCGUAAGAUGAUUGACGAGGCGGAGCCGCUGGGCUACCCCGUGGUGGUGAAGAAUGCACGUGGCCACAGAGGCAAGGCCGUGUUCCUGGCGCGGGACAAACACCACCUGACAGACCUGUGCCACUUGAUCCGCCACGACACCCCCUACUUGUUUCAGGAGUACGUCAAGGAGUCGCACGGCCGCGAUGUCCGGGUGGUCCUGGUGGGCGGCCGCGUCAUCGGCUCGAUGCUACGCUGCUCCACGGACGGUCGCAUGCAGAGCAACUGCUCCCUGGGUGGUGUAGGUAUGAUGUGCCCACUGAGCGAGCAGGGGAAGCAGCUCGCCAUAGAGGUGUCCAACAUCCUCGGCAUGGACGUGUGCGGCAUCGACCUGCUGCAGCUCAACGACGGCUCGUUUGUGGUCUGCGAGGCCAACGCCAACGUGGGCUUCAUCGCCUUCGACCAGGCCUGCGGCAUGGACGUGGCGGGCAUCGUCGCCGACUUUGCCCUGUCGAUGCUCCCCAGCCGCCUCACCCGCAAGAUGUCCCUGCUGUCCGUAGUGUCAAACACCAGCGAGACCAGCAGCGAGCCGGAGGUGUGCACCGUGCCCACCGGCGGCGGCUCGCUGCCCGAGGCCGUCUGCAACAUGAGUGUGGGUUCCACUUCCAGCGAGAGCGACCCGGAGCUGGCUGAGCCCUCUCAGUCCUCGCCCCGCCAGUCCACAGCCCCCGACCCCGAUCCAGCCUACAACUUCAACGACCUUCUCGCCAAUGAGAUCAAAUUAUUGACUGAUUACUAACUGCCUGGAAUCGAACGUUUGGGCCUGCUUUGAAGGUGCCAAAUCUAAACCUCGCCAGACAACAGGAAAGGAAAAGGCAAGCUUUGACUUUAAAGUCUGCCGUCAAGUGAUCACAGUGGCUCCACUGAGAGAAUAACACCAUUUACACUACUGUGAUGUUGUCCGGUGUCUAUAUCAUGAAAGUAUCUGACAAAACAAACUGUGAAAUGUCCACUCUCCUGACAUGCAAAGGGCUGGUGGGCUCAACAAACCACAUCCCAACAGAAAACAAGCUUCUAUGAGUGAGUUAACGAUCUCCAGUUGUUGUCCCCCGAAUUUCUUUCUUUUUUAUUGAAGCCUGUGUCAUUCCACAUGUGUACGUGUAAAUCACAUAUCAUUUUCAAGACAAGACCAGCCAUAGGAAAGAGUGAAAUGUUCUCUCUUUACAGCCCUGUUAUUUAAAUCUGUAGUUUACACACAUAUCAUCCAUACGCACACAGAGCACAUCUCGCCAUUUCAGGUUCAUUUUACUGUGCCCCGACAACUCUCACAAUGCCUUUUUCAUUGUCUGGUGUCCUCUGGGAGCAAUGGUUUGAGCCAUGAUACCAGUUCAGGUGGGUUUCUUUCUGCUUGGUAUUUAUAGCCAUGAUAAAGUGGAUAUGGAAGCUACUGAGAGAAAUGGGUACCGCAUGCUAGUGACACAGGGGAGGAAGGAAGAAAAACAUGUAAAUCAUGAUUGAAAGUGCAUUGGCCUGUGUGGUCAGCCUGGUUCAAACAUGUAGGGACCUCUGGACUAGUCACUGUGUACGACAACAACGACACACAACAGAGCACAAUGUUACUAUUUAACUCCAAACAUGCUGCUAAUGUAUAUUUGGCUCAAAAAUUAAAAAGGGAAUAUGCGGAAAUCGGAGCGUUUUCACUGUUUUGCUGCCUCUCAACACAUAAAAAUGAAUCUGAAUGCCAAAAAAACAAUCCGUUUUUUGUUGUAUGAUUCAGUACUAGUGACACUAGUAGUGAGAUGAUGAUUUUAAAAUCUUUGUUUUGAUAUAAUGAAUACAUGUUUCAGAAUUGUAUAUAAUAAUGUAGGAUUUCACACAAGCAAUCAUCGGGUUCAUUUUAUGUCGAUGUGUUUUGAGACGAACCUGAGGUUUUGCUUCGGUUUACUUUUGAUUUUGCAGGAGGAAAAAUGCAAUGUUUAUGCUCUGUUGAUGAUACAGUAUAUAGACAUUAGAUGUCUUUUCAUUUUAUCUGCAUAUCAUGGUGAAUUGAUGAUGAGGUUCUGGACUGCUAGGUACGAGGUAAGCAAAAACAUUGCGUUAAAAAAAAAGUGGUUUUAGCAAAACGCCCUCAGCAUUAUUCUGUUCUGUAUCAUUCUGACAGUGUUACAAGAUGGAUCCCAAAAUCAUGUAAUUCACAAAUGUGCAAAAUGAUGUAAAUAUAUAUCCCUCUUUUUUUUAGAUUCAAAUAAAGAUGAGUCAUUAUUCAAAACCAAUGAAAA